AUGGCCGUCAAGAUCCCUAUUGUCAAGAAGCGCACCAAGCCUUUCAAGCGUCACCAGUCAGAUCGUUACCACAGUGUGAAGGAGGCAUGGCGGAAACCCAAGGGUAUUGACAACAGGGUGCGACGUCGCUUCAAGGGUCAAACACCCAUGCCCAAGAUUGGAUACGGCAGCAACAAGAAGACUCGCCAUCUCCUUCCCAACGGCCUCAAAAAAUUCCUCGUCAGCAAUGUUCGGGAAGUCGAGCUUCUAUUGAUGCACAACAAGAGCUACGCUGCCGAGAUUGCCCACAACGUGAGCAGCCGAAAUCGCACAACAAUUUUGGAGAGGGCCAAGGUUCUGGGAGUCAAGGUGACGAACCCUGCUGCCCGUCUGCGGUCGGAAGAGUAG